UCGUGUAAACAUUACAUAGAAGAAGAGAAAAAGACGGAGAAGGCGUUUCGGUUACAGGCUACAACGUCGUUGUAAAAAAAUAAACCCUUUUUGUAUGUGGCUGAAUUAAGUCAUUAUAUUUGUUAAAUUGAAUGUAUUUAGCUGUCGGUCUUCUCUACUGGAAAUAUGAGCAGAAAAGAGAGACUCGCUGAUCAGACCCGAGCUAUGUGAGGCAGUACAGAGGCUUGCACUGGCAGCUUCUGCAGCGGCAUUCACCACGGCGGGAAACAUCAAGCCUACCGUGUGCAGGGUGGUCAUCUACCUCCAGAGGGACAUGUCAGGAGAGAGCUGCCUGCACCCGCUACGGCCUCAGGCCGACCCAAUCCUCACCAUCUCUUCAACACAGUGUCCCAAGAUUAAGAGUUGUAGCCAGCGUGGAACGGCAGGAAGCAAAUACGUCCGCCUUAACAUAGGAGGAACGCUCUACUAUUCCACUGUGCAAGUGCUUACGCGGCAGGACACAUUGCUUAAGUCCAUGUUUAGCGGCAAGAUGGAGGUCUUCACCGACAAGGAAGGUUGGAUUUUGAUAGACCGCUGUGGGAAACACUUCGGUUUGAUUCUCAGCUACUUGCGUGAUGGAAGUGUAACUUUGCCGAAGAGCAGGCAGGGUGUCAUGGAGGUCUUCACUGAGGCAAAGUAUUAUCAGAUCCAGGGACUGGUGGACUUGUGUCAACGUGCGCUACAGGACAAUAUGCAGAAAGCUCUGUGCGUUAUCCCCAUCAUCACCUCCCAGAAGGAAGAGGAGAAAUUGAUCCAGGGCUGUACGAGGCCUGCAGUCAAGCUACUCUACAAUCGAGGCAAUAACAAAUAUUCCUACACCAGCAACUCGGAUGACAACUUGCUCAAGAACAUCGAACUGUUCGAGAAGCUGUCCCUGAGCUACAACGGACGCGUGCUGUUCAUUAAGGACGUCAUCGGCGAUGAGAUCUGUUGCUGGUCCUUCUACGGGCAGGGUCGCAAAUUAGCCGAAGUUUGCUGCACAUCCAUUGUCUAUGCUACUGAGAAAAAGCAGACCAAGGUGGAGUUUCCCGAGGCUCGUAUCUACGAAGAGACACUAAACGCUCUGCUUUACGAGACACUCCCGGUUCCUGACAACUCUCUCCUGGAGGCCACGCGCAGACGAGCUCACUGCUGCUCACACAGCGAGGAAGACGAGAGCGUGGAGCUGAGAGAGCGAGUACGGCGCAUACACGUUAAGAGAUACAGCACCUACGACGACAGACCACUGGGACAUUAGCUGAGAACCAAGAGUCUUCACUAAAGGGCGAAAGCUUGCACAAUCUACUGAGAUCUCACGUACACACGGUUAGGACACUUUGUUGAGUGUGAGGAAGAAUGAUAACACUAUAUUCACUCUGUGAGCAAUGAAUGAUCAGACUGGGGUGGCAUGUUAGUCCAUUUCAUUCAGAUACUGAUGAAAAGAUCAUCUUGACUGGUACUUGUACUUAUUUUCGGGGGGAGAUGCACACUUGCCAGAUUUCUGGUGACGUAUACUUAAGUGUACUGAACAGCAUGAAAGUGUGAGCUUUCGCCCACUGGAAAUUCUGUGAGAAAUAUAACACUACAGGCAACUCUCUUCUUGACAAUAUUUAACCACUGUUUUAACUCGGCCAUAGCACAGUGAUGAAUCCUGACAAUCUGACCAGAUAACUGUCAGAUUUCUUCUGGUCAGCUGUGUAGUGAAAAAAGGACCAGCACCUUUGUAGAAUGAUAGCUGGUUUUUUUUUCUUCUUCUUUUCUCUCUCUCUCUUUUUUUUUUAACUCCUUUAUUUGCUUUUGGGGUGUGUGGUGUUUCCUUUUUCUUUUUCUUUUUCAUUAAAGAAAGCUCUGUAUAGACACUAGAAUUGCAAUGACUGAUAUACCACUUCUCGAACAACCAGCAUUGUUUUUUUUUAAAACCCUAAUCCAAUAAUGUGAACACAACUAGCAAGGCUUGCUGGUGUUUUAAAAAAUUUUAUUUAUUUAUCUCACAAUUGUAAUACUGGCAAUUUUUUUCAAAGUGAAACUAAUUUAAUUUGCAAACUAAUUUAGAAAACAAAAAAAUUGCUGCACCUUGAGUCUUUUUCUCUCCAUUGAUAUUUUAGGAUGCCUUAAUGCCACUCAUGUCUUCCUGUGUAUUAAAGUAAUCGGAAGUGAGCGUAAGGCCAAAAUACUUUCUGAUUUGAAACGUAAUCAUGUAAUGUUGGACUUGGUGAAAAAUGUGCUUUUAAAGUUCAAUAAUUAUAUAUUUGUGAUUCUUGAUAAAAGAUGUAUUUUGUUAAAUCUUAUCAAGCCUUUCAUACGCUUCAUA